GGGAAACAUAGGGGGAACAGACUUAGACAUUGCGGAUAUUGAGUUUUUCCAUCUGCGCAAACAACUCCGCUAAGCUCGGUAGCGUGAAAGGUCGUAAGCUGUUCAAGAUGGCGACUGUUAGAAGUUCACUCUCUUUAUACGUUCCUGCAUAGGCACCCAUGUCGGUUUAUGCUGUGACAAAGGCACCAGUCCGUUCCACUGUCCUGCACAGCUAUGGCCAAAGACCAGCCAAAUGUGUUCGACCUCCUUCCUCUUCUGGGGUCCACUGACUUGCAGGAGCUGGAGCAGGUCAAAAACCUGCUGCAGGAGACCCUCCGCACAGAUAAAGGGACAAUGUUGCUGAAUAGCCUUGUGGACUAUUACCUGGAGACAAACUCAUCUCAAGCUAUGGACAUCCUGUCUUCUGUCAGGGAGCCCCAUGAUAAGCAUCUUUUAGAUAAGAUGAAUGAAUGCAUGGGCAAGCAGAGCUGCCGACUUUCUACCAUCACUCUCCUUGGCCAUGUUGUUCGCAAGCAGCCACCAUGGAUCCAUAAGAUUGCACGCUUCCCUCUGCUUGCCUUGCUGCUCAAAUGCCUCAAGACUGACUCUGAUAUAGUAGUUCUCGUUACUGGUGUUCUUGUGUUGAUCACCCUCCUACCCAUGAUUCCUCAAACCAACAAACAUCUUCUGUGUGAAUUCUUUGACAUCUUUGGACGGCUUGCUUCUUGGAACCAAAGGCACCCAGGUCAUGCUCAAGGAGUGUAUGCGAUCCAUUUGCAUGCCAGCGUGUACUCGCUCUUUCACCGGCUCUAUGGCAUGUACCCCUGCAACUUUGUUUCUUACCUGCGUGUCCACUACAGCAUGAAGGAAAAUGUUGACACCUUUGAGGAAGUUGUUAAGCCAAUGUUAGAACAUGUACGGAUUCAUCCUGAACUCAUCACUGGAACCAAAGACUACGAGGUUGAUCCUAUUAGAUGGAAGCGAUUUGAGCCCCAUGACAUUGUGAUUGAAUGUGCCAAAGUUUCUCUGGAUCCCAAGGAGGCAUCAUGUGAAGAGGGCUACUCUUUUCUGUAUGAUCACAUGCCACGGCACCCUGUAGACCAUAGCCGGUCAUCCUCAGAGCUCAGUAUCCAUGAACUCACCUCUGUCACAUCAAUGGCUACUGUUCGCCAGUCUCUCACUCUGUCACUACCUUAUCUCACUGGAAGCCAGGACUCAGGGUCCAACACACAGACACCCACCCAUCAAAGUGAUGAGAUGAACACCUCAGGGAUAAAGGAGAUGUGGAGUCCUUCCUCAGUUUGUGGGAUGAGCACCCCUCCCAGCUCUAGAGGAAUGUCCCCCACCACUGUUUCUGAAGUCUCACAUGGUGCCUCCCACCUCAACACUCCAGGACUAGCUCCCUUAAACCCCACAGGUUCAUCUCCUUUCCAAUCACUCUCAGAGGAACUAGGGCAGCCUGCCCAAAACACCAGCUUUACUCAGGCUAAGACGGGCAGUGAGCAGACUAAAGUCAUGCCCAGAAGUGUUAUCAACAAUGGAGGUGCUGUUGAUGCAAAGCGUUCGGUGUCAUUGGUGCAUCUCUCUGACCUUGACAGGAGGACAGACGGGGAGAAAGAGGAUGAUGCCAUCACGCAGGAGAUUUUGAGCUUGACCCAUGGGAGUCUGGACUUCGGAACAAAGCCAGGCCUGGAUUCCUCUUUUUCCAGCUCCUCAGACACAGUUCUCUCGUCUCACCUCAGCAAUAAACGGAACUUGGUCUCCACACCAGACAGUAGUGAAAGCUCUGCCAAAGGAAGAGAGCAGCAACCUCCAUGGUGCCUCUGGCCUGCUUUCACCCCCAUAGAGAACGGAAAGGGCAGCCUGAGUUCCCUGUCUAAUCUGGCGAAAGAAUCCAUGCCUUACGAGCCUCUGUUUGACCUCGCAUUGCCUAAGGUGGCUUUUCUUUUUUUGGAGAGGAGGACCACAGAGGCCUUGUGGAGGGCUGCAGGAGAGAGGGAGCACCAAGAGGAGAUGGAGGGGGAGGAUCUUUCUGCUACUUCCCCUCUGGAGGUGUUAGACCGUGUUAUUCAGCAGGGCCACGAAACCCAUGAGAAAGUGCUGAAGAGAACUCUGUCUUCUCAAAGCCAAUCAGCAGACCCACACACUGGAGGUUCUGUGUCUCCAGCAUCAGAUGAGCUGGGGAUGUUGCGUAGUCAGCUGCUGUUGCUGCAUAACCAGCUUCUGUAUGAAAGACAUAAGAGAGAACAGCAUGCACUACGGAACCGCCGUCUGUUUGGCCGCAUUGUCAACGCUACUGCAUUGGAAGAGCAGAACAACUCCAUGAAAACCCAACUGAAGCUUCAGGAUAUUGAGAUGCAGACUAUGCAGGUAAGUCUGCAGCAGGAGCAGCGGCUCUUCAAGUGUCUACAAGAAGACCGAGUGGCUCUAGAGAACCAACUGCAGACUCAAAUCCAACAACUGCAGCAGGAGCGGAAUGACUAUUACUCCAAGAUGCAGGAGCUGCAGAGUGAUUUGAAUGAGAAUCUGAAUAAGGUAGGAGAAAUGGAGGCAGAGCUACAGAGAGCCAAUAACAAAGUGUGUAAUACAGGACACCUGCUCAGCCAGAUGUCUAUCAAGCUCAACAAUAGUGAAAGUAUGGAGCAGCAGAUGGCUUUUCUGAACAAACAGCUACUGCUUUUAGGUGAAACCAACAAGUUGUGUGUGGAGGAAAUCGAACGUUUAGGACCUGAGGCAAGCAAGGAGCUUAAAAUGCUGCAAGCGUCUUCACUGCGGGAGGUGGAGCGUUUUAGGCAGAGCUCUCUCCAGCAGAGCCAGAGACUCGAGGCAGCACAACUACGCAUCACAGACCUGGAGAUGCAACUCUCCAAGAAAGAGCAAGUCAUCCUAGAGCAGAAGAAACUGCUGGAGAAUGUCAAAAGCCAAGCCAUGAAGCAGCUGCAGGCUUCUGAGAACAGGUAUUUGGCCCAGAAGCACAUCACUCGGGCAUUACAAUCAGAGCUGCUUGAACUCUAUAGCAAGGUAGAGCUCAAAAAUCUGAACACCAAUUCACCAGCAGAGCUCCCUUCUGAGGCUGGCAGUCCCACCAACCAGAGGCCAAAGGUCAACAGCACUGGCCCAUCUGUUCCAUCUUUGUCAGCUGAUCCAAUGAAAAGAGAGGAAGGCACAUACACGUGUGUCAGUGGGGAAGUUUCUACAGGGACUCCCCAAACACCCACUGCUGCAUUCAUUAAUGGCAGUCAGGAAGAAGAUCUUUACGCUCUCACCUGUUCAUUGUCUUCCCUCCCCUGCAACUCCCCGCUGGCUGUUGGCUCUUACCCCAGUACCAGAAGCUUCUUGGGCAAGCGAGCGAGAGAGCUGUUCCGCAAUAAAAGCGAGAGCCACUAUGAGGUGGAGCCAACGGCGCUCCCCAGGCUCUUCCCAGAUCAUAAGGUUGGGCCUGGGACAGAUCCCUCAGAAAACAAGCAGCUUGAAGGGGCCACUGACCAGGCUGACCUGCAGACCAUGGACAGACCCCAGGCAUAUAAUAUUCAGCAGAGGAGGCAGCAGGAUCUGCGUAUUAUGGACUACAAUGAGACCCACCAUGAGCAUUGAUUGUAUAUAUCUGAUUGUGUACAAUUGGAAGAGGAUAUUUUGGACCCAGUAUUAGACUGCACUACUCUUUUUGUUAGAGUGGUUUGCAAAGUUUUAGUUCAUUUUAAAAGCCAAAAAUAAAUUGUCAUUUGAUAGGGCUGAAAUAAUCCAGCCGCAACAAUUGCAAGAGAAAUCGAACAUCACAAAAUGGUUCCCACAUUUCCGGUCUAAUGCCAUCAAGUUAAGUAUGAAUUCAUUGCAAUUCAGUUUAUUUUUAUAAUCACCGUUCAGCAAGCAGCUGUAUUGUGUGGUGGUUGGAUUAUACUUAGUCCUCACUGUACUUUACAGAAAAUGUAUUGCCUUAAUCACUGUAUUUGCUCUUGUAAUUGUCCCAUUCGUGUGUUUUUAUUUUUAAUCACUCUGUAUUCAUCAAAGCAAAACUGACCCUUUGAAUCACACUGCAAGAUGUGUCUCAGAAAUUGCACAAUACUGAGUGUGAUCAUUGCAUCAGUUCCCUCCUGGGGCACUGUUAAAUAGUUCAUGCCUCCAGAGAAAUUAAUCAAUCUGAUAAAAAUUUGAAACAAAGCAAUAUGGGAUAGAUAAAGUAGAAUUAGAAAUCACAUUUCAUUGAUAAGGUUAGCUUUGUAUGCUUUGCCUAUAGAGAAAAUGAGAAAGCUAGUGUUGUGUUGUAGCUCUAGUGAUUUAUUUUUAUGCAUUAAUGUUCUUUGCUGGGAUUGGAGAGCCCAGUCACCAGUGCAAUAAUUCUUGGCAUAAAACUUUCUGCCUGCUUGUGGGAGAAAAAUGUAAAUAUUUUUGCUGCUUUGCAGGACCUUUAGAGCCUUACAGAACACAGGCUAUGCUGCUAUAGGUUUCAUGUAGUGCAUUUGUCCUCGUAAAUCGUGAAAUUGGAAAAUCAUUGUAGCUUAAAGGAAUAGUUCACCCAAAAAUGUUUAUUCUCUCAUUUACUCCCCUUCAUGCCACCCUAGAUGUGUAUGUCUUUCUUCUGAAGAACACAAAUUAAGGUUUUAUGACAAAUUUCUCAGCUCGUUUUGCCCAUAAAAUGCAAGUGAAUGGGUGCCAAAAUUCUGAUGCUCAAAAAAAAAAAGCACACUUUGUUCAUUUUUGGUGAUUCACAUUCUUAAUGCAUACUGCCCCCUACUGGGCAGGGAGAAUUUUCUAGCAAAUAAUUACUGAUCUGUUUCUUACCCCACACCUCAUAUCACUUCUAAAGAUAUGGAUUACUUUUAUGAUGCCUCUUAUGUCCUUUUAGAGUGCUAACAUUUUGGCACCCAUUCACUGGCAUUGUAUGGACCUACAGAGCAGAGAUGCUCUUCUAAAAAUCUUAAUUUGUGUUCUGCUGAAGAAUAAAAAUCAUACACAUCUAGAAUGGCAUGAGGGUGAGUAAAUGAUGGGAGAAUUUUCUUUUUUGAACAGACUACCCCUUUUAAGAUGUAUUUGAUGGGCAAAUGUGUAUAGCAUACAAAAUACGACCAAUGCAAUACUUUGACACUAAACUUGGAAAAGAAGCUGCUUGUUAUAAGCCUGUUCUCCAAAAGGCUUUUUUUUUUUUUUUUUUUCAUCCACUAUUUUCUUUUAUUUCUGUCUUGCACAGGUCAGACCCCAUCUGCAAAUGAAAAUGCUUUAUAAUGGGCUACAAAUGACUGAAGUAAAAGCAUAUAUUUUUUUUAUUAUUAUUCAGGGUUUAAGAUUGCUGAAACCUAGCUGAGAAAUAGACUUGUCUCUUUCGAAGAACAUGCCCUUGGUGGUUGUUUUCAGUGUGAGAUGAAGUAUGUGAAGUGCUGUUGCAAAAGAAUUCUGGCUUCAGCCUCCGUUUACAAUGAAAAUAGAAAUAAAUGGAAAUCACUGCUGAUUAACUUUCUAUUCAGACUAUCCUUAUCACAGUUCACCAUGAGUGUAAUCUUACAGCUUGUGCUCCAUUUCUGUUUCACUCAAACAUAUCUUUCCAACAAAACCCCUCAAAAUAUUUUGUUGUCUCACAAAAUGCCUUAUUAAAAAAUAAAACGCCUGUCCCUUACCUGAAGCCAUUUGUCAAUAGUUUGAGCUAUGGUACAAUCAGACAAUGACUGGUGUUACAGGUAACAAGGGGCUUUCUGUUCAGAAGUACUAUUUUAAAUUCAAGAAACAGAUCUGUGUUCUCCUACUUGUUAAGCUAUGAUCAACAGAAAUAAAAUAUAUGUUUUGCAAAA